AUGGCGGGGCCUCCCAAGGCGCUGAUUCUCAUGGCCGACUAUGGCCACGAUCCGACGGAGACUGCCGUGGCUUUUACUAUUUUCAAGGAUGCGGGCUUCGACGUGCAAUUCGCGACGGAGACGGGCAACGCGCCCAAAUGCGAUGACCGCAUGCUGUACGGCGUGACGGGGAGACUACUUGGCGCCAGCAAAAAGGCAGUAGAACAGUACCACGCCAUGGUCAAAGACCCUGCUGCCCAGAAACCGCUCGCCUGGUCGGAUCCCAGCUUCUCGCUGCUCCAUUACGACCUGCUCUACUUCCCCGGCGGCCACGAGAAGUCCGUCCGGCAGACGAUCGACUCGGCGUCGCUGCAGAGGCAUGUCGCCGAGUACUUCCCGCAGACGCGGAAACCGAGUCGCAAGACGGUGGCGGCCAUCUGCCACGGCGUGCAGACGCUCUCGUCGGCCACGCUGCCGGACGGGAAGAGCGUGCUGCACGAUGCGACGACGACGGCGUUGCCGGGAGCGAUGGAAUCGGGCAUCUUCUGGCUGACACGGCCUUUCCUAGGGGAUUAUUACAAGACGUAUGGGAAGGGGACUGACAACGUGGAGACGAUCGUUAAAAAGCGAUUGGAUGAUCCGAAGCAAUAUAAGAAUAGCCUUGGACCCAGACCGUUCAUCCACGAGGACAAAACGUACAACUACAUCAGCGGCCGGUUUCCGCCUGAUACUGCCCUGCUCGCCAAGAGGACUGUCGAGUUGGUGAAGCAGGUCUACCAGUCAUGA